AUGUCGCGCCAGGCUCGUCGCUCUGGCCGCCUGGCGGUAACGUGGUGCCUGUCGGUGACGCCAUCCGCUGCGGGCGUGGCGGCGUUUAGUGGUGCGGCCAGCGCUGGAGCCACUGUGGAAGUCCCUGCGGGGGGGCCAUCGUCCGCUUCCACUCCCAGCGCCUCCAUCUGCACCGCUGGCACUAUUCCCAGCGCUGUGAUUGGCGCUCCCAGCACGGCCAUCAGCGCCCCAACCCUCUUCCCCGCGUCCCGUCGUCGCUCUCGUCUUCCUGCUUCCUCACCCUCCUCGAGCCGCUCAUACCACGUAUACUCGUCCGCCUCCCAUCUCGAAUCCGGCCUCUCCUCUGCCGUCCUCCAUCUUGCCCCGACCCUCACGCGCCGUCGCCUGCGCAAGCUCGUCGUCGCCAUGGGCCACAGCCACAGCCACGGUGGCCACUCCCACCACAACCACGACAACUCGUACCUCGUCUCCGCCAAGAAGAAUGACCCCGGCGUCCGCAUCACCCGCAUUGGCCUCCUCUCCAACCUGCUCAUGGCCGUCGCCAAGUUUAUCGGCGGCUGGACCUUCAACUCCAAGGCCAUGGUCGCCGACGCCUGGCACAGCAUCGCCGACAUGGCCUCGGACAUCCUUACCCUCGCCACCGUCUCCUGGAGCAUAAAACCCCCUUCGGAUCGCUUCCCGCUGGGCUUUGGUAAGGUAGAGAGCCUGGGCUCGCUCGGCGUCUCUGGCAUGCUCCUGAUUGGUGGCGUCUACAUGGGAUGGGACAGCGCCAUCAGCCUGUUUGCCCACUUUGACCCCGAGAGAGCGCACCACAUUCUUGAGCACGUCGGCGGCGGUCAUGGACACAGUCACUCUCACAGCGCUGCGGAUCUAGGCAUUCCUAGUGUGCAUGCUGCUUGGCUGGCAGCCGGAACUAUUCUGAUCAAGGAGUGGCUCUACCACGCAACCAUGAAGGUUGCCCGCGAACGCAAAUCCUCCGUCCUGGCCUCCAAUGCUGUCCAUCACCGCGUCGACAGCCUCACGGGCAUCGUCACCAUGGCCGCCAUUGUCGGCGCCAAUGCCAUUGAGAACGCCGCCUGGCUGGAUCCCGUCGGCGGCCUGCUCAUCUCCAUCAUGGUCAUCCACGCCGGCUUCGACAACACCAAGUCGGCACUGUACGAGCUCGUCGACCAAACCAUUGACGCCGACGUCAAGGGCAGCAUUCGCAAGCAGGCGCAGAGCGCUCUCGUCAACGUCAGCGACGGCCACGAGGCUGAGCUGCGCGAUGUCAGCGGCGUCAAGUCGGGCCAAAACUACCUCGUCGACCUCGAGAUGUCCGUCCCCGCCGCCUGGACCGUCGGCGACCUCGCCGAAGUCGAAAAUGCCGUCCGCACCGAGGUCGGCGCCCGCGUCCGUGGCGUGCGCCGGGUGCGCAUCCGCUUCGUCUCCAAGGAUGCGCCGGUCAAUGAGAAAUUCGAUGAGUUUGUGUAUACCAACCUAGAUGCGGAUCCAGAAGACCACAAGCAUGAGAACGGUGCCAAGGAGGAGCAUAACCACAAGCAUUAG